CUUGCCCAUCGCGGUCCACGCUCCACCCACAUCCACGAGAAGGGACAUGCCUUGUGUCCCCAACCCAAGCCUGGCGCUUAGGCUGGUACUUCUCCUAGGGGACUCUUGUCGUGGUCCCUGACCCCAGAGGAAGGGUCUCACCUGAGUCCUCUAAUCUACGCCCCCUAAGACGGACCCGUCCUGAUCCCCUAACCCUACAAGGAAGGGCCCCCUGCUUCCUGCUCCACAAAAGGGGACCCGCCCCGCGCCCCCAGCCCGGAGGGAGGGCGGUGCACACCUCGCCUGCUGGCGCGACGUGUGCCCGCGCUCCUCUCCCGCAGCCCUCCCGUGCGGCGUCAGGCAGAGGCGGGGUAGGGCGCGGUUAAAAGAAGCCGCAGGUGGAAACCGGGGCUCCACCCACACAGUCCCCGAUUCCGUUCCCGCUGCGAACCGUGGGCGCCGGAUCCGACCUGCGCGCCCGACCAGAGCUGUGGACACCGCUGCAAGCCGGGAGCCGGAUCACACCGAGCAGGUGACAUUCCCACUGCCAUCCAUAAACAGAGCAGCAUUGUGGGGCCUCAUCACUGCGCUCCUAACUUCCGGAGGAGUAGGAGGAAGAGGCAGAAGUCCUUGCAGAGGGAUUUCACCUUGGCUCUUGAGCUGGACACACUGGGAGUCCUUGGGAAUAAGACUCAGGAAUAAACCCGCACGAUGGAUUGGGGGACCCUGCACACUGUCAUCGGUGGUGUGAACAAGCACUCCACCAGCAUAGGGAAGGUGUGGAUCACGGUCAUCUUCAUUUUCCGAGUCAUGAUCCUUGUGGUGGCGGCCCAGGAAGUAUGGGGUGAUGAGCAGGAGGACUUUGUGUGCAACACUCUGCAGCCAGGGUGCAAGAAUGUCUGCUACGACCACUUCUUCCCAGUGUCCCACAUCCGGCUCUGGGCCCUGCAGCUCAUCUUCGUGUCUACGCCAGCACUGCUGGUGGCCAUGCAUGUGGCCUACUACAGACAUGAAACGGCUCGUAAGUUUAUCCGUGGGGAGAAGAGGAACGAAUUUAAAGACCUGGAGGACAUCAAACGGCAGAAGGUGCGCAUCGAGGGCUCGCUGUGGUGGACAUACACCAGCAGCAUCUUCUUCCGCAUCAUCUUUGAAGCCGCCUUCAUGUAUGUGUUCUACUUCCUCUACAAUGGGUACCACCUGCCCUGGGUGCUGAAAUGCGGCAUUGAUCCCUGCCCCAAUCUUGUGGACUGCUUUAUUUCGAGGCCAACCGAGAAAACGGUGUUUACGGUGUUUAUGAUUGCCGCAUCUGUGAUUUGCAUGCUACUCAAUGUGGCCGAGCUGUGUUACCUGCUGCUAAAAUUGUGUUUCAGGAGAUCCAAAAGAACACAGGCUCAGAAGAACCAUCCCAACCAUGCCCUGAAAGAGAGCAAGCAGAAUGAAAUUAACGAGCUGAUCUCAGAUAGCGGUCAGAACGCAAUCACAAGUUUCCCAAGUUAAGUUUGUCAAGUGUAGGUGAGCCCUGACACAGCAAGCUCCCUCUCUGUAGACGACAGCACUCUGACUGCUCCCUGUAGGUGAAGAGUUUGUCUAUAAAUGACUCAUAGCAAAUAGAUACUUGAGUUCAAUUUUUGUAGAACACCUGAGCUACUCACACACAAGUCAAAACUGAGGUCCAUCUCUGAAAACAAAAUCCUGGUGACUAAUGAACCUUGAAGUCACCUUGACAAGUCCUGUGGAGACUGUCUGACUUAGUAUGGAUUUCCUGAGAAUUUAUAUAACUUGUUAAUAAAGAGCGAUUUGUCUAGAAAUUAAUAGUUUUAUCAGUAAGAUAUUUUUAUAGGAUUGAAUAUUUUUAGUUCUGACUUUGAACUUAUAUAUAAAGUAUUUUUUUAUGACUGGCCUUCCUUACCUGGAAAAAAAUACACAAAGUUAGCUUUGCAAGUGUGCCCCAAGUUUCUAAAGUUUGAACUUGUAAAGGGUCUAGCAUCUUAUGAAUAUUGUUUCACACUGUCUGAGGAGAGUUUUAUGAACUAGUGUGUGCUCUUAAGGUGGGAUGUGUUCACUGGACAAUAUAUGUUGCUGCUUGCUGAAUACAGAUGGGACUGAAGGAAAUGGGACACUUUUAAAAACUGGCCUUCUCCACUUAUGGUGAACAGUGCAAACACGAAUGUGAUCACCCCAAUAAAGCUUGACCCUGUCGCUUAA